CAGAAAGUUGGAACCGCUGCGAAAGAUUCUUGUUCUUGUUUUUCUUUCAUGGGUCGGAUGUUUUAUUGGAAUUAAGUGUUUUAUCGGCUGAUCAGAAUUAAUUAUUCCAUCCUUUGUUCCUCUCUCCUCCUUCCUCAGCUCCCUGAGGCUUUCCCUCCCACCCCCUGGCCAGCGGCGCCCCCUCCCCCACGUCCGUGCUGCCCGCGUCCCCUUCUCUUCUCCUCUUCCUCAGAAUCAUAACAUGGGCCAAACGCAGAGCACCCCUCUCUCCCUCCUUCUCGCCAACUUCAGGGACAUAAAAGCUAGAGGACACAACUUAAGCCGAGACAUUCGCAAAAGGAAGUUGAUCACCUAUUGCCGCUCUGAAUGGCCCACCUUUGGGGUCAAUUGGCCUACAGAGGGAACCUUCUGCCUCCCUGUGGUCCUUAAAAUAAAAUCAAAAAUUUUCCUACCAGGGAAGGAAGGUCACUCGGAUCAGAUUCCCUAUAUUCUGGUGUGGCAAGAUUUAGUAGAAAACCCACCUCCCUGGAUGGCCUCUUUCUUAACAACAGGGCCAUGCAGAAUUCUAGCGGCUAAACCUAUCAACCCUCCCAAGCCGCCAACUCCAACUGCACCCCCUGUUCUCCCCGACAGCCAAGAUUUACUUUCCCUUGGCUCACCCCCUUACCAGGUUCCCCCUCUUAUUCCGCAAGCUGCUCCUAUCCCUGCCGCGCCGGCAGAGCCUCCCGUAGCUCAGCCCAUAGAAAGAUUAGAAGAUAGGGAGGCUCAACCCGCGCCCAUGCCUAGAGGGGACGAAAUCCAAAGUCCGGCUGGACAUAGCGGUAGGCGGGCCCCUCAUGAGCCAGGACUCCGCCUUCCUGACUCCACCAUAGCUUUACCCUUACGGGAAACAGGGCCUCCCGAUGAUACGGGGAACCCCCGACUUCAAUACUGGCCCUUCUCUACCAGUGACCUAUAUAACUGGAAAACCCAGAAUGCCCAAUUUUCUGACAACCCUAAAGAUUUAAUAAGUCUCUUAGACAGCGUUAUGUUUACCCACCAACCCACCUGGGAUGAUUGUCAGCAGCUCCUCCGAAUCCUGUUCACCGAGGAGCGAGAAAGAAUUCAAUUGGAAGCAAGAAAGCUGGUUCCUGGAGACGAUUGCCAACCCACUGCUAACCUUGAUCUCAUUAAUGCAGCUUUUCCCUUGACCCGACCCCCACAGGAUGGCUGGGACUACAACACGGCAGAAGACCCGGACUUGGAUACCCCCCCUCCAUGACUGCGCUGAGAUAUUGGCACAGGUUCACGGAGUUCGGGAAGAUUUACAGGAUCACCCGCUACCAGACGCCGAGGUUACCUGGUUCACUGACGGCAGCAGCUUUGUACAUCAGGGUCAAAGGUACGUGGGGGCAGCAGUCACAACUGAAACUGAGACUGUUUGGGCAGAGCUUUUGCCAGCUGGCACCUCUGCCCAACGGGCUGAACUUGAGGCCUUAACCAAGGCACUGACUUUGGGAAAAGACAAGAGACUAAACGUGUAUACCGAUAGCAGAUAUGCUUUUGCUACGACCCACAUACAUGGAGCUAUAUACAGAGAGAGGGGACUGUUAACUGCAGAGGGGAAAACUAUCAAAAACAAAGAAGAAAUAUUGGCUCUUUUAAAGGCACUCUGGCUGCCUAAACGACUAGCCAUCAUACAUUGCCCAGGCCACCAAAAACCGGUCACACCGGUGGCCAGAGGAAAUAAUUUGGCUGACCAGGUGGCCCGAGAGGUGGCCUUACAGGUGGACUGUGCUUUAAUGACCGCCUUACCAGACCCCGGCUCAGCCAGUUUGCCAGAAAGCCCCACCUACACUGAAGAAGACCUAAAUUGGAUCCAAAGGUUGCCCAUGACCCGCUAUCAUAAUGGAUGGUGGAGAGCAGGAGACCGGAGCGUAAUCCUCCCAGAGGAAAUGGGGAAUAAAGUCUUAAUUAAAAUACACCGGGCCACCCACCUGGGCACCAAGAAGAUGCGAGACUUGAUAAGACAUGCUGAAAUCACCAUCAGGAACUCAGGGCCAAAGAUUGAACAGAUAGUUGCAAACUGUAAGGCUUGUCAACUGACAAACGUGACCAACCAUGGAAAGAAUCCCGGCUCUAGGACUCGCGGAACCAGGCCAGGAGCUUAGUGGGAAAACAGAUUCAGGAGUGGCAAAGAAAAUAUUAGAAGACAUCAUGCCCAGGUAUGGAUUCCCUAUCCUAAUAGGAUCAGAUAACGGGCCAGCAUUUGUUUCAAAGGUAAUACAAGGGAUAGCGCAGUUUAUUGGGGCUGAUUGGAAACUACAUUGUGCAUAUAGACCCCAAAGCUCAGGACAGGUAGAAAGAAUGAAUAGAACCCUAAAAGAGACCCUAACCAAAUUGACCAUGGAGACUGGCGCUAACUGGGUAGUCUUACUCCCCUACGCUCUGUUCAGGGUGCGGAACUCCCCUUACAAACUGGGAUUAACCCCCUUUAAAAUCAUGUAUGGAGUGCCCCCCCCUAUAAUUCCCAACCUACAGUCUAAUGUGUUAACUGAAUUUAAUGAUCAUAAACUUCUUAUUUCCCUGAGGGAACUCCAGCACAUCCACCAGGAAGUUUGGUCCAGAUUGAGAGCCAUUUAUGAGAACGGGCCCCCUCCUGAGCCGCAUCACUACCGACCCGGAGACUGGGUAUACGUGCGGAGACAUAAGCGAA